GUUACUGGAGGAAAGAAUAAUGGGUAUAAUUUGAAGAUCAAUUUUUGUGUAUUUUAUUAUAAAUGCAAUAAAAUGUUAAAUACUGACCGCAACAUAAACAUUUAUGUAUUGUGAACCAUGUUGGCCUCUUCAUUUUUAGUGUUUUCGAAUGCCAUAUUGAUUAUAAGAUCUAAGGUAGCGGCCUUUGCUUCUUAAGUCACAUGAUAUUGAUGUCAAACUUGUAAAUCUUUUGUUCUCCGUGGACUUUGGCUCCUCUGUUUCUGUUUAAACCAGAAUAUUUUAGAACCAGACGGCCUUUCCUCUGAAUAACCUUUUGGGGCUGUUGUGUUUUUCAGAGUGGCUUUAAGGUAAAAGGUCGGGGGAAUGUAGCUAUCAAAACCAGGGGUCACGUCAUCUGGUGUUGUCUGUUACACAAUAUCGUGUUAGUGAAACAUUUAGCCUCCGCUGUUUUAUCGACAGCACGAUGGACCUUGACACUGCAGACACACUGAGGCAUCAGACACUAACACGACUGCACCUGAAGCUUCCACUGUUGACUGAGAGGGAAACUGUAGACAUGGUGUCAACUGACAGUCUGACGUCAUAUUUAUUAGAGGCCAUCCUGUCCCACCUGGCCUUAACCUGUGCUUUACUUCUGGCCGCUCUCGCUUCCAUCCGCUGGCACAUCAGGGAUUCCUACAAAGUCCAUGGCUUCAACCGGAAGCAUGUGUUCAUCACAGGCUGUGACAGCGGCUUUGGGAAUCUGCUGGCCAGACAGCUGGAUGGAAAAGGUUUCCACAUCAUAGCUGCAUGUCUGACAGAGAGAGGUGCAGCAGAUUUGGCAGCAGCGGCCUCCCCCAGACUGAAGACCCUCCUGCUGAAUGUUACAGACAGCUCGAGCAUCAGGAGGGCGAUGGAGUUUGUGAGCAAAGAGGUCGGACAGCAGGGUCUAUGGGGUCUGGUGAACAAUGCUGGCAGGUCCACACCCAUUGGCCCCCCAGAAUGGAUGCAGGUGGAGGAUUUCUCAAAGGUUUUGGAUGUGAAUCUGAUAGGAGUCAUUGAUGUGACCCUCCAGUUUCUCCCACUGGUGAAAAAGGCCCAGGGCAGGGUGGUAAAUGUGGCCAGUAUUCUGGGCAGACUGUCUCUCACUGGUGGAGGAUACUGCCUGUCUAAAUUUGGAGUGGAAGCCUUCUCCGACUCCCUCCGGAGGGGCAUACAACAGUUUGGCGUCAAAGUGAGCAUCAUUGAGCCUGGUUUCUUCAAGACAGCUGUUACCCAGCGGGAUCUUAUUGAAGCUGACCUGCGGAGGCUGUGGAGCCGCCUCCCUCAAGAUGUCAAAGACUCCUAUGGACCUACAUACUUCGAGGACUAUGUGAAAGCUCAGGACUUCUCUUUGGGCAUCUUGUGCAGUCCAGAUAUCUCUAAGGUGACCAAGUGUAUGGAGCAUGCACUGACGGCUCGACUCCCACGCACACGUUACAGUGCAGGCUGGGAUGCCAAGCUGUUGUGGAUUCCCCUGUCCUACCUCCCUUCAUUUGUGUCAGACUUUGUUGUCAGCCUGCUUCUUCCUUCACCUAGACAGACACAUCAAGCAGCCAGCUAAAACCCAAUGUGAACCACUGACAGAUAUUUCUGUAUGCUUGAAUGAAAUAUAUUGUGACAAAAAAGGUAAAAUAAGUGUCAAGACUGUGUUACAAAAUAGGAAAUUUAUUCAUUCAUGUCUCAGCAGCAGCGAUUUAAACCAUAUGGGCAUGUUUGUGGAUGAUCACAGAUAAAAGUUUUAUUUGUCCUCAUUAUGAUACAAAAUAAAUCAUUCUGUAAAAGUAAGAAUUUAUUCACUGUGUUUAUAAAACGACUGCCUACAACUGCAUCCUCAGCUCACGUGUUGCUCUCCAAGAUCAACUACAGAAAUUCAUUUUCCGUGUUAACAAACACGUUCAAGUAUUGUUCCAAACUAUUUUGGCCACUGUUCCAAUAUCAUUUACUUAAAAAAAAAAAAAAA